AUGCCUGGAAAUCAAGCGUCUGCUGUGCCGCAGGGGUAUAUUCGGAGGAGAGCGAAGCCGGAGUCUGAGGGUGACACAGAUCAACCCUCUGCGACUCGCGGAAGAGUGGAGGAGGUGCGGCAAUUAAUGUGGGCUCUUGACAGUCGGGUGGAAGAAUGCGCGCUGCGGAAAGGCCACGAUUCUGCGUACGAUGCGAGGUGGCAUCAUGUCAUGGAAGUUCCUGACGGCGAGGGGACGGGAAUGGAGGUGCAUGAGGGGGAACCACCGCAGUCAUGGACGUACAAGGCGGUUGGCCGAACCCUUGAAAGGGAUGACGGUGUGGAGCAAUCCGGUGCACCACGCCUCAGGCUGAUGGUGCUUACCUCGGACGAGGCGUGGCAUUUCUUGGGCAGGGAAGCAAGUACCGACUGCUAUGUGAACUGUGAGGUGGAGCGAGUGUGGCAGAUCGUCAAGGGCGAUCUCACCGAGUGGUUCAGCAGUCGUCCUGAGGACCACUUUACGCCUCAUCCGCGUUUGUUGA